CACCAAUCCCAAUCGUGCCUCAAUGAUGUCAGGAGCAGACCAGGGUCGGGAAAGAGCGAGAGAGAGAAAGUUGUUGAGCUAACCUCGCUGUCAUUGCCUCGCGCUUUGCGCUUAAUUCAGCUUCGGUGCUCUUUCCCCGGAGUAGCCGCGGCCAUCUUGGAUCUCUAGUUUUUUUUCCUCUCCUUCUCAUCCGUAGCACCGGACUGUUUAGUUAUCAGAUCGAAAAUGAAGACAACGAAUUUGCCGCAACCGUAAAACUGUCGAGAUUCCUGAGCAAGCUAGAACGAUAGCAAUCACCACCAACACCACCAAUAUCCCUCCCUACGCCACGACACACCCCAAUUCACAACCGAUCAACGCAAGGUAGAUCAACACCACCGUUCAUUUCUGGCUCAUCCAGCCAGUCAUGUCCCACGACUUCAGCCUCUCAAUAUCGCCAAGAUGAGAUUAUUCGAGCCGUAUUCCCGCGACGCCAUGCGCCGGGCUGCGAGAUCAUUCCACCACAGCGUGACUGUCGGCCGCAUCAGAACUCACGGCCUUCUGGUUCACCGGAGGCCUACGCUGCCCCGCCAGUCGCGGCACAGCUUCUUUACGGCAAGGGAGAAGGUCCCGCCUAAGAAGACGUCGAUCCCGGUGGCCAUUUUCACCGGUGGUCUGGUCAUCUGGGCGCUCUACCCGUCUGAUGAGUUUGAGCGGCUGUCCUUGGCUGAAAAUGAGAGGAGGAAGGGAGUUCGCAGCAAUGCGGCAAGCACAAAGUCUGACCAGACUGCGUGGUACAACUUUGCUCUCAAGUUUGAGACGUUGUCCGACUCUGCCGACGUCGAAUGGACUGCAGACAAAAUUGUUGGGUUCAUCCUGCCGGAGUGGUCCAGGUUGGUUCCCGGAUACAUCCGGAAGCUCCAGAGAGAGCUGUCAAUGGCACCCGGAUCUCUAGCAGAUGAAAUUUGGCGAGAAGCCCAUGACCCCUUCAUCAACCCCGAGGUGCAAUAUUCCGCCAAGGUCAGGGUUUCUAAUGAUCUAUGUGAUGAGGAAAAAGAGUUUCUAGCAAGGCGGAAGCGAGUCACUACCAUGGCAUUAGCCAAGUACCUUGAGAUCGACGAGAGGGAUGUCCACCCGGACGACGUCCCUACCAUUGCCAUGUGCGGCUCCGGAGGUGGCCUCCGAGCCCUUGUUGCCGGCACCGGUUCCAUGCUCGCCGCAGACGAAGAUGGCUUGUUUGACUGUGUCACAUAUACCUCUGGUGUAAGCGGGUCAUGUUGGCUACAGGCCCUCUACCACUCUUCCAUCUCAGAGGGCAGUCUCCCCAAGGUUCUGCAGCAUCUGAAAGCCCGCGCCGGCAUCCACAUCGCCUACCCGCCCGUUGCGUUCCAGACCCUUCUCUCUGCCCCGACAAGCAAGUACCUCCUUAGUGGUCUUGUUGAAAAGCUCAAGGGUGACCCCCGCGCGGACUUUGGGCUGGUCGACGUCUACGGCCUCCUGUUGGCGACGAGAUUUUUGGUUCCCAAGGGCGAACUGGAAGUGAGUGAUCGGGAUUUCAAGCUGUCCAACCAACGAGAGUACAUCAAAUAUGGCCAGAACCCGCUACCCAUUUACACGGCCGUCCGCCAUGAGAUCCCCGACGUGGACAUUGAUGGGAGCGGAGCAGUGCCGUCCACCUCGGACGCCGCGAAAGAAGUCGCCAAGAAGGAAGCCUGGUUCCAGUGGUUCGAGAUCACGCCUUACGAGUUCUUCUGCGAGGAGUUCUCCGCUGGAAUCCCGACUUGGGCCAUGGGCCGACGCUUCAAGAACGGCGUCGACGUACCCCCUGAAGAAGGCUUCCAUCUCCCAGAGACACGGAUGCCGUUCCUCCUCGGCGUCUUUGGCAGCGCUUUCUGCGCGACCCUGAGCCACUAUUACAACGAGAUCAAACCUCUCGUGCAGAGCCUCGCUGGUUUUGGCGCCCUGGACGGCAUGAUCUCGGGCUACAACGAGGACCUCAGCAAGGUCCACCCGAUCGACCCCGGCACCGUCGCAAACUUUGCCUAUGGUAUGGAGGAUAAGCUGCCCGAGACGGCCCCGAAGAGCACCUACAACACCGAAUAUAUCCAGCUUAUGGACGCCGGCAUGUCCAACAACCUCCCCAUCUACCCGCUCCUCCGCCCUGGCCGCGACGUCGACGUCGUUGUCGCCUUUGACGCCUCCGCAGACAUCAAGACGGACAACUGGCUUGCCGUCGCCGACGGCUACGCCCGCCAGCGCGGCAUCAAGGGCUGGCCCGUCGGCGUCGGCUGGCCCAAGGCAAGCGAGUCCCCGAAAGAGGUGCGUGACGAGCUCUCGGAAGCCCAGGCCGCGUCCGCGCAGGAUGCGGACCAGAAGCUCCGCGAGGCCAAGGCAUACCAGCGCGAACACCAGGCCGAGGAGGGCCACCGCAAGCCGGACGAGGAUACCAAGAGCGGGCAGGCGGCCAAGUUCACGCCCGGCGACGAGGAGUCGGGCGAGCUUGGGUACUGCACCGUCUGGGUCGGCACGACGCAGGAGCGGUCGUCAUCCGAUACCCCGCCGCCGUCCAAGGCGAUUACCGAGUCCAACUCGUGGCAGCUCAUGGAGGCCGACGCGGGCAUCGCCAUCAUCUACCUACCAUACCUCGCUAACCCCAAGGCGCCCGGCAUCAACCCCGGCACGACGGAUUAUUUAAGCACCUGGAACUUUGUCUACACGCCUGAUCAGAUUGAAAAGGUGGCCGCGCUAGCGAGGGCUAAUUACGCCGAGGGACGUGAGCAGAUUCGCGGGACGGUGAGGGCCGUCUACGAGCGCAAGAAGAAGCUUAGACUGGAGAGGGAGGCGGGGAUCAAGAAGGACCGGUACCGGAGCUUGGUGAGGCGGGGGAUGGCGCAUAAGCUGGGCGAGGGCGAUCAGUUCAGUUGAAAGAGGCGGAUUAUAGAAUUGUUGGAAUGAAGAUACCCGAGAAGGUGGAGGACUCUUGAAGGAUGGCGUAGCUUAAUCAUUGGAAGUAGAUCCAUUGUAAUAAAAAGUGUGUUACUUUGAAA